AUGGACCUAUCAGGGUAUCCUAUGGCGGUCGCGAAUCAGGUCUCUGGGAAGAGUUCAUCCAUGUUGGUACAAACCUACCACAAGCGGUCAUAUGCCGACGACACGGAUGAUCUAGAAACAUGCAACGUAUACAGUCCAUGGGCGAAGUAUAUUAGUGGAACGACUGGAAGGCGUUCUGAUGCGGCUCAUCACUAUGUCUACAACCAAGCCCACAACCAGAAUUUACAACUUUGGGUCGGCAAACUCGUGAAACGCGUUAUCUUUGAGGGCAUGCGUGCUGUAGGUGUCGAGUUCACCUGCGAUCCAGUAUCCUGCCCAGGUGCAGAUCAAUCAUCGAGCAUCGUGAGAGCAGCAAAGCUUGUUGUUGUCUCUGCUGGAGCAUUUGGUUCACCAACCAUUCUCGAGAGGUCCGGGAUCGGUGCCGAGGCAGUCCUCAAGCGUUGUGGUAUCGAGCAACUGGUGAACUUACCUGGCGUUGGAGAAAAUUAUCAAGAUCAUCAUGGCUGCUUCGUUCCAUACUUUGCUGCUGACGAGGCUGUUACCUUGGACCCCCUCUGGCAUAGGAAGGAGAGUGUUGUGCAGGAAAGCCUUGCGCAAUGGAAAAGUAAUGGGAAGUCGCUCAUAGCCCAAAAUGGCUGCGAUGCCAAGAUUAAGUGGCGGCCUGACGAAGAUGAGCUGAGAACCAUGGGUUCAGCUUUCCAAACGCCAUGGAAAGAAUUCUUCCAAGAUCGCCCAGACAAGGCUGUUGCCAUAUUCGGUAUAUGUGCGGGAUAUGCUCCACUCUCGAGCACCCUUCCUUUCCGUAAAUAUCUGGGUGUCGGCUAUUUUACACUUUACCCCAGGUCUCUUGGGAGCGUUCAUAUCAAACUGGGAGAGAACGGCAAGGAAGUCCUCGACUUCACUGCGGGCUUCCUAGACGAUCCAUCUGAUAUCGUAGCUCUUAACUUUGCAUACAAGAAGACGCGAGAAAUAUCUCGACGCAUGCCUUCCUACCGAGGUGAAGUCACUUCAGGCCACCCUUGUUUCCCAGAGGGAAGCGUCGCAGCAUGCAGCGAAACGUCCGGGCCUGUGAACUUGAAUGCGCCUGACAUCAUCUACACGACCGAAGAUGACGAGGCAAUCGACAAAUUUCAUCGUGACUGCACCCAAACAUCGUGGCACUCGCUGGGGACUUGCGCCAUGAAACCGAUGUUAGAGAAAGGUGUCGUCGACGCGCGGUUAAACGUGUAUGGCGUGGCGGGCCUGAAGGUUGCAGAUAUGUCUAUCGCGCCGAAAAAUGUUGGCACGAAUACGUACUCAACGGCACUCCUCAUUGGAGAGAAGGCUGCGCUGAUCAUUGCUGAAGACUUGGGUAUGAAUUGUAGAGAAUACAUUCAGGGGUAA